UGGCGGCGGUCACUGCGCGCGCCGGGCCGGGCUGAGCGCCUCGGGGAGCGGCGCUUCCUCCCCGUCCUCCGCUCCCUCCUCGUCCUCUCCUUCGCCGACUGCAGUGGGCACAGGGCUCGCACCCGGAACGCCGUCCACACCCGGCGAGACUCGCCCCGGCAGGCCGGGCCCGGACCGCAGGGCCCGGCGGGCGCUGGAGCCCCGGACCCCCGGGGCGUUGUAGGGGCCGCGGCCCUGGGUGCGCCAUCCCCACUGCCCCCGUCCGGCCCCGGGGAGCGGCUGCUAACUGGGCUGCUUCUUGCGACCGUUUUUGUUUGGUUGGGUUUUUAAGCUGUGUAUAGUUCUAUAUUGUAAAAAAAAAACCCAAACAACAAAACCCCUCUUUCUAAUAACAGAAGACUUAUAGCGGUCGAACGUUAAUAUUUGAGACUUAAUUGAUAUCCAGCAGCUGUAUCGAACACUAUUAACACAGUUAUCCUGCAUAUUUUCAGGAACGUACGAAGCUAGGUCUAAGUAAAUAGACUUUUUACAUUGUGUUAGUCAGUGAGGCAUUUCCUUCUGCCCCCUUCAGAUUAGUUCUUCUGGAGAUUAAACACUUGGAGAGGAAAAUGACAUCGAUUAUCAAGUUGACCACGCUUUCAGGGGUGCAGGAGGAAUCUGCCCUUUGUUAUUUGUUGCAAGUAGAUGAAUUUCGUUUUCUUUUGGACUGUGGCUGGGAUGAAAACUUUUCUAUGGAUAUUAUUGAUUCUCUGAGGAAGCAUGUACACCAGGUUGAUGCUGUUCUUCUUUCCCAUCCCGACCCUCUACACCUCGGUGCACUUCCAUAUGCAGUUGGAAAAAUGGGGUUGAAUUGUGCCAUUUAUGCAACUAUUCCUGUAUAUAAAAUGGGACAGAUGUUUAUGUAUGAUCUCUACCAGUCCCGCCAUAAUACCGAAGAUUUCACGCUCUUUACAUUGGAUGAUGUAGAUGCAGCCUUUGAUAAGAUACAACAGCUGAAGUUUUCUCAGAUUGUGAACUUGAAAGGCAAAGGACAUGGUUUGUCAAUCACACCAUUGCCAGCUGGUCACAUGAUAGGAGGCACAAUUUGGAAGAUUGUCAAGGAUGGAGAGGAAGAAAUUGUUUAUGCAGUUGAUUUCAACCACAAGAGGGAGAUCCAUCUGAACGGAUGUUCCUUGGAAAUGUUGAGCAGGCCUUCAUUGCUUAUUACAGAUUCAUUUAAUGCUACUUAUGUACAACCCAGGAGGAAGCAAAGGGAUGAACAGCUUCUGACUAAUGUUUUGGAGACAUUACGAGGAGAUGGAAAUGUAUUAAUAGCCGUGGAUACAGCAGGCAGAGUUCUGGAACUUGCUCAGCUUCUUGAUCAGAUCUGGAGAACCAAAGAUGCGGGACUGGGAGUCUACUCUCUAGCACUUCUGAAUAAUGUCAGCUACAAUGUAGUGGAAUUCUCUAAAUCACAGGUCGAGUGGAUGAGUGACAAGUUGAUGAGGUGCUUUGAAGACAAGCGAAACAACCCUUUUCAGUUCCGCCAUCUCUCCUUAUGUCACAGUCUAUCUGAUCUGGCUCGAGUGCCUAGUCCAAAAGUUGUUCUUGCCAGUCAGCCUGACUUGGAGUGUGGGUUUUCUAGAGAUCUUUUCAUUCAGUGGUGCCAGGAUUCCAAAAACUCUAUAAUUUUAACUUACCGCACUACACCUGGAACAUUAGCACGAUUCCUGAUUGAUAAUCCCUCUGAAAAAGUUAUAGAUAUUGAGUUGAGAAAACGUGUCAAGUUGGAAGGAAAAGAACUUGAAGAUUAUCUAGAAAAGGAGAAGCUAAAGAAAGAAGCAGCUAAGAAGUUAGAGCAGUCUAAAGAGGCAGAUAUCGACUCCAGUGAUGAGAGUGAUGCUGAAGAGGAUAUUGAUCAGCCAACUGUACAUAAGACCAAACAUGAUUUGAUGAUGAAAGGCGAAGGUAGCCGAAAAGGAAGCUUCUUCAAACAGGCAAAGAAAUCUUAUCCAAUGUUUCCAGCCCCCGAAGAAAGAAUUAAAUGGGAUGAAUACGGCGAGAUUAUCAAACCCGAGGAUUUUCUGGUUCCAGAACUUCAAGCAACAGAAGAAGAAAAAAGCAAAUUAGAGUCUGGUUUGACAAAUGGAGAGGAGCCUAUGGACCAGGAUUUAUCAGAUGUUCCUACCAAAUGUAUUUCUGCAACAGAAUCCAUGGAAAUUAAAGCCAGAGUUACAUACAUUGACUAUGAAGGACGUUCAGAUGGGGACUCAAUUAAAAAAAUUAUUAACCAAAUGAAACCAAGACAACUGGUCAUUGUCCAUGGACCACCUGAGGCCAGUCAGGACCUUGCAGAAUGUUGCAGAGCUUUUGGUGGAAAAGAUAUUAAAGUUUACAUGCCCAAACUUCAUGAAACUGUAGAUGCAACCAGCGAAACUCACAUUUACCAGGUCAGGUUAAAAGACUCUCUUGUCAGCUCCCUGCAAUUCUGUAAAGCCAAGGAUGCUGAGUUGGCUUGGAUAGAUGGUGUUCUGGAUAUGCGGGUUUCAAAAGUGGAUACUGGAGUCAUUUUGGAAGAGGGAGAGUUGAGGGAAGACGAAGACUUAGAGAUGCAAGUGGACGUGCCUUCUUCAGACUCGAGUGUGAUUGCGCAGCAGAAGGCCAUGAAAAGCCUCUUCGGUGACGAUGACAAGGAGAUGUGCGAGGAGAGUGAAAUUAUCCCUACUUUGGAACCUCUGCCACCUCAUGAGGUUCUUGGACAUCAGUCUGUGUUUAUGAAUGAGCCAAGACUGUCUGACUUCAAGCAGGUUCUCUUGCGAGAAGGCAUACAAGCUGAAUUUGUGGGAGGAGUGCUUGUGUGCAACAAUCUGGUGGCUGUUCGCAGGACUGAAACAGGGCGCAUUGGAUUGGAAGGCUGUCUCUGUCAGGACUUCUAUAGGAUAAGAGACCUUUUAUACGAGCAAUACGCAAUUGUCUAAGGAAAGUGCUCCAAAGGUGUUUUCACUUGAACUUUUACAAAAAAUGGAGAUUUCUCCCAGUUCUGACAUUUUGUAGUUUUCUAAUUUAUACAGGGAAACCUAAUUCAUAAAGAGCAGUUAGCUACCCUAAAAAUGUAAAUAACUGCUACUGUUUUCAUUCAUAAUUCUGUUGAUACAUUCCAUGUUGUUGACUUUCAAAUUGUUGCGACUUGGCAUCUCCCACAUAACACCUUAUAAAUGAGUUUACGAUUAUGAACACUUCUCAGCAAAGGUUCAGUUUGUCAGGACGUGUUCUGGUUUCAUAGAUUCUCUGCCAAAGAAUACAAAAUAUGUAAAAGUCAUUCUCUUGUUCUAAAAUAAGAUAGGCAACUGUGGGUUUAUUUGGUUUUGUUCAUUUUGUUUCCUGUGUGGUUGUUUUUACUUUGAGUUGUUUGGGUUUUUUUAACAAGUUUGAUUUAGAGAACAGUCUUGAAUUUUUUUUUUAAAUGGAGGUUAGUUGAAGUACGUUACAAAUAGCCCACUUAAAGCUAGAAUACCUAAACUUUCCCCUAGUGUUAAUCUGGCUCUAUCUUAAUGUUGUAUCUGCUCCAUCUUACUGAUUUGUUCUCAAACUGCAUUUUGUAUCCUGUGUAAAGUAUUAAUCUGCAGGAUAAAAAAAGUACUUACAAGAGUAAUCUCUAAGAAGAUUGGAUAAUAUUUUCAGUAAGUUUAAAAUCCAGUAAUUGUGCUUCAGAGUAACUUCUGUACAAAAUUCCAGAAUUUGUUAACUCCUAGCUUUUGCAACGUUAUGCAGCUAUAAAAUUGUUUCUGAGUUCUGAUUGUAAUACUUUCCAAAGUCUGGAGCCUUUAUCCAUGCUCUGCUGUUUGUUCAGAGUGCCAUGAGCAAAGUUCAGGAAGAUCCUUUAUCUCGAAAUCUUGAGUUCACACGAUGUAUUUAAUGGUUCUGUGCCAUGUUCCGUUCUAGUUGGCAGUGAGACUUCCUGGAGCUGCUGAUGCUGGGAACUGACCUUACUUUUUUAGGUGAAGAUGAGCACAAUUUUGAGUCUAUUAAUUUCACAGAUAUUAACUUACACAAACAAAUGGCCUCUCAAGAGUUUAUUUAGUUCUUUUUUUCCCCUCUCCGUGUGUGAAACACCGGCUUUGGCAGUAGAGGGUUGCUUUUUUUCACAUAAAACAGCAAUGUGUUGUCUUUGUCUAUGUUUAAAUAAAACCUUUGGGAAAAGUGGCAAAAAAUAGCCGUGUGGGCUGUCAGUGGAAAGAUAAUUUGCUUUGCAAUUCAUCUGUGACAAAAGUUUUCUAUCUGAUCUACAGAGUACUUAAUUCUGUUUGAAAUAGUAACUUAAAACUGAAGACCAUGUUAAACAAAAAAACCCGAUCUGCUAGAACAAUAUAUUAAAACUGUAAAAAAACUUGUAA